AUGGCUCGGCACCGUUCGUGGGGCAGCGUGUGCACAGACCGUGGCCGUGGUUGUGAGCGUGCUGCUUGGCCGCUCCGGCAUCCUGGGCCGGGCAGAGACAAUUCGGGGCACAGCUGGAGCCUCGUUGGCUCGCACGCCCAGGGACGCCCCGCUAGAAUCUCUGUGGCACCCGCCCGCCGAUUAACGAGGCGGCCGGUGCUCUCGGGAUGCCCUCAGGCGCCGCUUUGUCCGCUGAGACGCAGGAAGCUGCCAGGUGUGACAGCAGUGUCGGUGGGGGAUUGCCAGCGUUCAUGCUUCACCCCUCGCAGCCGUGUUCACGGCCACGAAGAGCCACUGGCCCGCGCCGGAACGAGGGAGCGCACUGCAGUUGUCGUGUCCAUCGUGAAAGUCUUGGAACCUGCACAUGUAACCCCUCGCCAACAGCUGGCAGCAGACACACAGCUUCGAAGCUUUGCAGUCCACGGCUGCCGAUCCUGGCAUCGCCACACUUCGCAUUCGCAUUUCGAGCUUCGUCGGCUGUUCAAGCGUCGAGCGGCAGGGACUGCACUGCUUGGUAAUAAGGACGCCUUGCCGGGCGCGAGCUGCAGUCAAAGAGUCGCAACAGGUGGCACUGCUGAAGGUGACGCAGAUGUGAGGUCAGAAGCCCUGUUCGCGGGCAUCAUAAACCUCCAAGCAGUCCGAAUUCGAGGCGCUCUCGAAGCUAUUUGAAAUCGCAGCAGGCCAGGCCGUGAUGGUACGAAGGACUUCGUUUUUUUUGAUCAAUCAGCAAGCCGAAAUGGCGAGGCAUGCCGCCCCCACCCAAAUUUAGCCUAUACACC